UACCUGGGCGCGGUUUACGAUGAGACAGCCGCCAUUUUCGAUUUAAAGGCAUCUUUCUUCCAGGUAGGUUUGCCAGCCGAAGCGCGCGGUAAUUUCCGUUGCCGGACAGAAAAGGGUGAGCUCGUUGAGUUCACGCGACUCCCCAUGGGGUAUAAAUGUAGUCCGGAAAUCGUGCAUACCAUCGCACGGGUUUUGGCGGGUGGCCCCGAGGUCCUUAAACCGCGGUUCGCAGCCCCGCCGGGGCUAACCCUCCACGUGUGGAUUGGUAAUAUUCGUAUCGCAGGGCCGCGUAAAAGCGUAGAGGGGCGGGGGGGCACCAUUAUGACAAAUAUGCGCGAAUGCUGUGCAACGGUGGGGGGGGCACGGGGCCCCCACCGCGCGCUACGAAUGCAUAGGGGUUUGUUUCAACCACGCGGCUAG